AUGCCGCCGCCGCUGAAGAUUCAAAAGUUUGGCAUCCGGCCGACAUCAUCAUCUCGGCCAUCCAACGGCGCUGAAUCUCGAGCCCUCGAGCACCAGAUAAUCAUUCAAGGGGCGCUCGCACAGAUAUGGGCGGACGCCCGAGCCCAUGCAACGAUCAUGCCUCCGGGAGCACUUGCGGAUAGCCAUACCCAGAUGUCUACUGGGCACGAAGUUAAGCAGCUGCGUGCGCCGAGUGACCAAUCAUCUGCUUCUCGGGCGCAACUGGAGCAAAUGAAUAUUGAGAUGUCGCAACUAAGGGUCAAUCUGGCUAAGAGGGUCGAGAUGCUGGAGAUGGAGAAAGGAUUGGAGAUGAUUUGCGCUCCACGACCGCUCGAGUCGUCUCCUAUUUUUGUCUUCCAACCGUCGCCGCUCACCGGCCGCCGCCGGUCGCAGGCCCCCGGCCACCACCGGUUGCCGUCGGCCGCCGCUGCCGGUCGCCGGUCGUCGGCCGCCGCUGCCGGUCGCCGGUCGUCGGCCGCCGCCGCCGGUCACCGGUCGUCGGCCGCUGUCGCCGGUCAGCGGGUGCUGUCGCCGGUCGCCAGUCGGCGCCCGCCGCCGCCCUCCGCCGCCAGUCGUCACCGGUCGCCGGCCGGCCGGCCGACAUCGGUCACCGAACACAAGCUCCGACAGAGGUGCGGCGGCCGUCGAUAG